AUGGAGAACUCAGUAAGGAAGAUCGUAGGAUCUCAGGCUGGACACGCCAGCGGGGACACGCAGCGGCAGAGCACUGUGGACCAGGGAAAGUUCAUCCUUUAUCCUCAGAGCCGUGGGGAGCCCCAGAAGGGUGGUGGAGAGAAAUCAAAGUUCCAUCAAGCCCACAUCAAGGUCAGUGUCAAGGUCUCUGUCAAGAAGACUGAGAUGAAAGCAACAGAAGAGUCCUCCGCCAAUCUCGGGCAGACACUGGAGUGGCUGAGGAAGGAACUGUCUGAGAUGCAGAUCCAAGACCAGAGACUCCUGCUCACCCUGAAGCAUCUCCACUGCAUCCUGGAGGAGCUGCGUGCUGACAGUGCCCACUGGGAAGACUCCAGAUCCAGUGGGGGGCCCUCCCCUGUCAGAGCUCGGGCGGGCUCUGAAGGCAGAGGCCAGCGGCCUCCCUCCCUGAGAGGGUCAGCCCAGCUCCUGCGAGGAGAAGACAGCAGACGGAGCUCCCUCCCUUAA